AAUGUACCGGUUGACAAACUUUGUUAUCAAACAGUUUAGUUUGCAUAUGAGUAAAGUAUAAAAUAACUUCCAAAAUAGUUUUCCUUGCAGUAGGUACUCGUGAAGUUGAAGAUAAUGAUGAGCCCAAAGCAUUUGACUUCACUUGGCUGCCUGCUUUAUAUUUGUAUAACAUUCAACCUCGUGACUGCAGGAACGAAGGAAAUUAAAAAAUAUAAUAGAAAAUUCCCAGAUAAUUUCCGCUUUGGUGUAGCCACCUCAGCGUACCAAAUUGAAGGUGCUUGGAAUGUAGAUGGAAAAGGAGAAAGCAUUUGGGAUACUUACGUCCACAGAGUACCCUCCCCAAUUAAAAAUGGAGAUACUGGAGAUGUUGCAUGUGAUAGUUAUUACAAAUACAAAGAGGAUGUCAAACUUGCUGCCGACCUUGGUGUAAAACUGUAUAGAUUUUCGAUAUCCUGGUCAAGAGUAUUACCAAAUGGAAAAGCCGACAAUAUCAGUGAAAUUGGUCUCAAUUACUAUAAAAAUCUAGUUAAAGAAAUUCGUAAAUACAACAUGAUUCCAGUUGCUACCAUCUACCACUGGGACCUACCUCAGAAACUCUAUGAUGAAGGUAUUCACUGGAGUAAUGUUAGUUUAGUACCCCAUAUUGUAAAUUAUGCAAGAAUUGUUAUAAAAAAUUUACCAGACGUAGGAAUUUGGAUUACCAUCAAUGAACCAAAACAAAUUUGCCAUUUGGGAUACGGCAAUACAUUGCUAGCGCCUGGUUUAAACAGCAGUGGGGUCUUAGAAUACCAGUGUGCAUAUGUGCUUGUUAAAUCCCAUGCUGCUAUUUAUCGUAUGUAUAAAAAGGAGUUUCCCCAUUAUAAAGCUAAAAUGUCCAUAGUCAUAGAUUGUCAAUGGAUAGAGCCUCAAACAAAUGCGCCUAAAGAUAAAGCAGCCGCUGAACGACAAAGGCAAUUUGAAUGUGGAAUAUACUGUAACCCCAUCUUUAAUGGUGACUGGCCAAAAGUAGUGAAAGACAGAAUAGGUUUUAGAAGUUUGAAAGCUAACUUAACUAAAUCCAGACUCCCAGCUUUCACUGAAGAAGAAAUAAAUUUUAUAAAAGGAACAUUUGAUUUUCUGGGAUUAAAUCAUUAUUAUACUAUGUUAGCUAGGGACGAAGCAGGAGAAGCGCCAUUUAAUGAAACCAAUUAUCAAAAUGACGUUGGAACUGUUGACUCAUUCGAUCCCAAAUGGGUUGUAGAAUCAAACGGAAUAUUUGUGAUCGUUCCAAGCGGAGCUCUAAAAGUUUUGAGAUGGAUUAAAGAGACAUACGGAAACCCAGAUAUCAUAAUAACUGAAAUAGGAAUGAGCGAUAAUGGUACUUAUCUCAAUGAUCACGAUAGGAUCGAUUUUUACACAGAAUAUUUUUGCAACAUCCUUGAUGGUAUGGAUGAAGGAGUUCGCGUUUUAGGAAUCAUAAUGUGGAGCCACAUUGAUAAUUUUGAAUGGUUUCUUGGUUACAGUGCUCACUUUGGAUUAUACCACGUUGAUUUUAAACAUUCAAACAGAACCAGAACCCCUAAAGCAUCUGCGGGAUUUGUGAAAAAUUUAUGUAAAGAAAAAACGCUCUCUUGUGGUAAUCCAAGUAAAUACAGAUCAGUCCCGGUGGCACUUCCUGAAUGGAAACCAAAUGCUAACGUUUCUUUAUGGAAUAACGGUACUGGAAAUAGAAACCAUACAAAACCAAAAACGAGACCAAAUCCUUCAGGCAACAGUAUUGGCGUAAGAGACAAUAAUAAACGGCGCAAAAACUAAGGUUGUUAAAGAAAAAGACCAUAAAUAUCAGUAUUCAGUAAGAAGAAGCUAUUACAGAUUAGUUAAUUGUUUUGUUAUUUUCUGGUUUUUUUUAGUUUGAAAAUUUACUGUUGUUAUUAUUAGUUGUUAUUAAAAAUGAAUAAAUGAUUGGAAGAUA